AUGGUUAAUAAGUAUAUGCGCACGCUGCAAGCAAUUGCCAACCGGGAGUGCAAGGUGCUCAACAUACGCUUGGACGACCUGCGGGACUACCUGUCAGAGGUGGACCCUGGGCGCCGGCGCCUGCUUGACGACGUGAAGGAAAACACCAUGCGCUACGCCGGCAUUGCGGCAGAGGCGGCGGACGAGGCCAUGCCCCCGCCAGAGGGGCUGCCGCAGGCUGACAUCUUUGACCGCCUGCUGGAGAGCCGCUCCGAGCGGAUGGAGCACGUGCGUGCGCAGACGGGUGGCUCUGGCCUGGUGGACACGGCCACCGCGGCAGUUGACGCAGCUAAGGCAGGGCGGCUGCCGGCGGCGCUUACGCGGCGCUAUGACAUAUACUUUGUGCCUGAGGAGCGUAUUCCUCUCACAGAAGAUGAAGCCGCGGCGGAGGGGACCAAGGAGCUGACGCGGCCGCAGCCGAUCACCAAGAUGCGCAGCGUCAAUGCGGCGCUCAUCGGCAAGCUCGUGCGUGUCAAGGGUAUUGUGACCCAGGUGACUGACGUGAAGCCUCUGGCCAGCGUCAUCACGUACACCGAUGACGACGGGGGUGGCGAGCUGUACCAGGAGGUCCUGGGCAGGACGUUUGUGCCAAUUGAGGCUCAGCGCAAGUCGGAUGGCAGCCGCUGGGUGACUGCGCCCACGAUGCAGACCAAGGGCAGCAAGUUUGUCAAGUUCCAGGAGGCGCGGCUCCAGGAGAGCGCAGACGAGGUGCCUGAGGGGGCCACCCCGCGCACCCUGGGUCUUCACCUGCGCGGGGAGGUGACGCGGUCCCUGAAGGCGGGGGACAGCGUCGUGCUGGCCGGGGUGUUCUUGCCAGAGCCCUUCUCCGGUUGGAAGGCCAUGAGGGCGGGCCUGCUGACCAGCACCUACCUGGAGGUGAUGCAUGUGACACAGGCCAAGGCCGGAUAUGCUGACCUGGCUAUCACACAGGAGCAGGUCGAGGCCAUCAACGCGCUGGGGGCUCAGGGCAACGUGUUUGAGCGGCUGGCCGCCUCCAUCGCCCCCGAGAUCUACGGCAUGAGGGAGGUCAAGAAGGCCCUGCUGCUGCAGAUGGUGGGGGGUGUGACGCGGUCGUUCCCCGACGGCAUGAAGCUGCGCGGGGACAUCCACAUCUGCCUCAUGGGGGACCCAGGUGUUGCCAAAAGCCAGCUGCUGAAGCAUGUGGCAAAGGUUGCACCCCGCGCGGUGUACACCACUGGCAAGGGCUCCAGCGGUGUCGGCCUCACUGCCGCGGUGCUGCGUAACCAGGUGACCAAGGAGCUGGUGCUGGAGGGUGGUGCCCUGGUGCUGGCCGACCGCGGCAUCUGCUGCAUCGACGAGUUUGACAAGAUGGAGGAGGCGGACCGCACCAACAUACACGAGGUGAUGGAGCAGCAGACGGUCAGCAUCGCCAAGGCCGGCAUCACCACAACGCUCAACACGCGCACCACCAUCUUGGCUGCCGCCAACCCGGCAUUUGGGCGCUGGAACCUCAAGCGCAGCCCGGGAGACAACAUCAACAUGCCACCUGCGCUUCUCAGCAGGUUUGACCUGAUGUGGCUGCUGCUGGACAAGCAGGACCUGGAGCAGGACAGGCGGCUGGCGCAGCACAUCCUGGGGGUGCACCAGGGCGUGGUUGCAAAGGACGAGCAGCUGGGUGAGCUCGUGUCCCCGGAGCUGCUGCGUGCCUACAUCAGCCUGGCACGGCGGCAGUCACCCUAUGUGCCACCAGAGCUGGCGGACUACGUGGUGGCGCACUACUGCGCCCUGCGGCAACGAGAGCGCGAUGAGAUGGAUGGCCGAAGCUACGUCACCCCCCGCACGCUGCUCUCAAUCCUGCGGCUCGCGCAGGCCGUGUCCAAGCUGCGCUUUGACGAGGAGGUGUCGCGGUCUGAUGUCGACGCGGCCCUGGCACUGAUGACGUCCAGCCAGGCCAGCAUCACGCCCGACAUUGAGCGCCGCGUGCGGGACGACCCCAUCAGCCGCGUCUACCAGGCGGUGCGCACCCACGCGCUGCGCACGCGCCAGGCUGAGGUGACCCUGGACACCAUCAAGCAGCUGGUGGCGUUUGACCGCGAAAUCAACAAGGACGCGGCCAUCGAGCAGUGCAUCCGUGAGUACGAGGGCAUCGCGGUGUGGGCCGUCACCCGGGACGCCACGACCGGCGCCAUCGCCAGCGUGCGCUUCCCCGAGGAGGACAUCAACCUCGCGUCGUGA